AUGGCGUCACAGGAUACCCAGUCAUUCGCACACAUCACUGCAUUGGCGCGCGGCCUGGACCAGCAAGCAAAGCACAAGCCUUCACCAUCCAAGAUGGGAUACCUGGGGUUUCCGGGUAGAGGGUCUUCAAACCCGCAUUUCAAGGACAAAAAACAGGCUCAAAAGAAAAAAGACCCCAAAAGAGUAGAAAAACCCUCGACGGGCUGGUUCCCUCGUACCACUUCAUCAGGACUCGAAAAUUCAUUCUAUCUUGGUAAUGAGAGCAGACAGCUACGGACUAUUCACUUUCACGUUCAAACAAAUUACUCUGCCUUGCGACUUGGCUUGAUACUGCCUUUGCCUUUUCUGAUGGUGACGUCGAAGGAGGAAGGCGAUGGCAGUUGUGUAUCUCAUCGAAUAGAUUACACUUGUCUCUUCCCCAACUCUACAUACGGACCCAGCGGCUUCCUUGCGGGCUCCUUUCCAGUGAACGCACACAGAGCCAACGUCAACAUUAGACUUCCACAGAAAACCCAAAACGCGAAUGACGCCAUGACAUAUUCCGGACAGUUGGGGAAAUUUGGUGGGAGAAGAACAUUCGCAACUCCCCGAGGAGGGAAGGAAAGGAUGGAGUACCUAAAGGCGGAGAAGAAUCAUGGGCGAGAAUUGUCGUGGUGGAGGGUGGUGUGCGUGAAGGUUUGUGUUUCUCGCGUUUUGGAGAUUAAGGUAUACGAGGGAUGGGAUGAACUUGGCGUAGUGCCUUCCCUCUCGCAUCUGCUAUGUGUUGUUUCCUCUCUACACGGUGCUUCCCGAAGACUGAGAUGCUUCACCGCGUGCCGUUAUCCGUUAUCCGAGGGCCGUGGAAGCGAAAGAUGGAAGAUUGAUGUCGCACAUCAUGGGACGGACAUGAUGCCUUUCCCGAUUCGUUCUCAAGUUGGCGAGGAUGGAAGGAGAUGGGAUGGAGGUGCGAAUGAGGUAAGAUGCGAGGGAAAAGCAUGUGGUCAGCUCAAAGGACCGGCGUACAGUCCUACACCCAUCGCACGCGGGCGGAUUCGUCUCAUCUCCAACACACACGCACAGAAGCAACAAAUUAGAGAUGCGUCCUUGCUUGUUUGUGGUCCGGCUACGCCCGGGAGCCCAUUGUUCUACGGUCACGUUUCGGAGAUGGGUGUUCGGGACCGGGGUGGGAAAGGGAAGGGGAGAUGCGAGAUCCGACGACCUAAGAGGGUGCCUGCAUUCACUCGUCGUCACAUAUUUGAAGCCAUCUACGUCCCAGAAACUUGCCAUUGGCGUGGUGAUCGACCGCUCUCGCAAACACAUCUUUACAAGAAGGACGAGCCAAGAGCAGGGCAUGUACAAAUAAUGCUAAAGUGUUGGCAAAUACCAGAUAUAUACAGAUGUCUUGGCCAGACUAUGCGAUACCAAGAACCGCUUGUCUCUUACUUACCGGUCCGAAACGUCCCGUUGUCCUUUCGCCUCUCCCAAUUCUCCUUGAACGUUCCCCAUCAAUCUGGCGCUGACACCGCUAUGCAAAACGGAGAUCUCGGGUCUUGGCGUCGAAAGGGGGGAGACCAGGCUACCAGCAACGGCCAUCCCGGGUCUCCCGUUCUCGCGCGCGCCGUGCCCCGCCGCACGCCACCCGCGUGCAGCGGAUGA